UCGCCGUAACAGCAUUUCUCUUUCAGUUUACUCGCAGACCAAGCUAAGAAGGUUAGGUAUAGCAGCCAGUCGAAUGGCAAUGGGGAAAUACGACAGAUUCAACAAACGCGACCGAGAUUUAAGUUAUUGCCACUGCGUUGUUGCUGUGUUUCAAGUUGCUGUAUUCUGUCACAAUGUAUCUGUUAUCGCAGCACAAGGGUACCUACACAGCAAUUUUCAAACCAAUUCAGUUGUUCAAGAAUCAUCUUUUACCAGAAGUCAGGAUCAAGUUAUCACCCGCACAGCAAAGCUUGUUUUAGAUGACAGAACGGGAAUUAUAACUCAGACCGAAGUUGUCAGAUUUGAACCGCCCUACCUGGAUUUUGGGGCCCAGUCAAUUGGUAUGCCAGUAAUGCGUUUGGUUCAUUUAUAUAAUCCAAGUAAAACUAAAACAAUGAAGCUUAUUUCAAUAUCAGCAAGCACGCUACAUUUUCAUUCGUCAUUUUUUGACGAGAAGGUAAUAAUGCCCAAUUGCAAUACAACAUUUGAGGUCGUAUUUUUAGCUCGUGUUGUAGGCAAUGUAGAGAACACGCUUUUCAUUCACACAGAAGACGGAGCUUUUUCCUACCAAGUUUUUGGUGUGGGCGUCCCAAACCCAUAUCGAUUACGGCCUUAUUUGGGUGCGAGGGUGUCAAUAAACAGCAGUUUUUCGCCAUUGAUAAGCAUGCACAACCCAACUGGAUUGCCACUCCAGGUCACAGAGAUCUACACUUCAAGUGGAUAUCUCCAUCUGCAACUGCCUGCAGGGCUACAUGAGGCAAAUAAGAAAUCAUGGGAGAUACCACCUUAUGAAACGAAGCCUCUAAUGAAAGCUACAUUCCUUGGGCAAGUGGUAAACAAUCACACAGCUUUUAUACGCAUCAAAACCAACUUAUCUGACAUAAAACAAUAUUUAAUUCUCCCUAUGGAAGUGGAAGUAUCAUCAGUUCCAGGUAUUUAUUCUUCACUUGAACUGCUAGACUUUGGAACACUACGCAGUCAAGAUAAACCGAAGACCCUCAAUCUGUUUUUACUCAACUCUGGUACAAGGGACGUACAAAUUUCUUCAAUCACUGCACAACCACCCAACCCAGCGCUGCAUAUAGAUUUCAAAACAAUUAAAUUGAAACCGUCAGAAGCUCUGUACACCAGGGUGGCCAAUAUAUCAUUUAAUGCAAGUGCAGUAAGUUCCGAAAGCCACUGGAGUGGAAAAAUCGUCGUAAAAACGAGAGAAAAAAGUUACUCAAAAAUAUCAAUUCCAUACCAAGCAAGCAUUCUUGAUGGGUCGUUGGAGUAUGACGAGGCAUCAACCAUGUUUUACACGCCAGAGGACGAGAGCAGGUCACUCAAGCGGAAUAUAUCACUUACAAACAAUUUCAACUUCCCUCUAGUAAUUCUUCGUCUUGAAAUACCAACAGAAACACAAAAAUAUUUCAAGGUGUUGAAUUUCACGGAGCAGACAAGUGUACCUGCCCACUCAACCACUAAACCCUUUGCUGUAGAAUGUUUCCCUUCAACGUUACAAACCCAUAGUGGGGACUUGGCCCAUCACCUGAUACUCCACACCAAUGCUUCAACCUUUUCAAUGCCUCUACACGCUUAUUCAGGCUUGCUACAGUUCACAGUAGGCGAAGACAUGUCCCAAAAACUGGAUUUUGGACUUGUAGGGACGUCAGAGAAUCACUCUGUACUUCUCACUGUGCAUAAUCACCGAAACCCUAUACCGAUAUCUAUCGUGGGUUGGAAAACUUCUCUUGAGCAAGUUCAUCUCACUCCUUUGUUCUUGACAAGAAAUGACGAGAAAAGAGAAUAUUUUGAAGAAGAAAUCACUCAAGUAAACCUUCCAUCAAAUUGGUCACUGACAAUAAAAGUUACGUUUUUUGCGUCAGAGUUAGAAACGACAGUAAUGGGAGUUGUAAACAUAGAAACAAAAUAUCAGACCAUGGAUAUACCAGUACUUGCAAAAGUAGCUGUUGGUUCUUUGGUUAUAAUUCCAAACAAGAUUUCAUUUCCGCCAUCGUUCCCGGGGUUAACUGUACAUCACUCAUUUACUGUGAAGAGUUCAUUUCCACAAAUUACAAAGAUUGAAGGAUUAAUUUCAACGGACAAGCGGUUUUAUUACAGGAAAUUAAAAAAUGUUCCAAGUGAAGUAGCACCAGGGCAGGAGGUUAAGUUGGGAAAAAUAUAUUUUGAUCCCAGACAGGAUUGUAAACCUGAUCGUUGUUACGUUGGUCUUCCUACAUCUACUACAGCGGGACAUCGAUGGCUGACCACCCUUAACCUCGGCAAAGACGCACCAGAGGUUGAUUUCAAGCAAUAUCAAACAUUCCUUGAGCGAUACAGAGACACUGUGAAAGCUACACCGGAAAGUUCAAUUAUCUCGAUUUCGACGACGCUUCACACGAUUGACCUCGAGGUGUCUGGCACCCUCUACUGGCCAUCUUUGCUUGACACAAAAGAAAUCGAAUUUCCGCUGACUCAUAUCGGCAAAAAAUCGAUAUCUCUAGUGACAUUGGAAAACCCGUCCGAUUUUCCGGUAAUUGUUCAAAUUUUACCCAUCUCGUUAUACCCACAACCUGGUGUUGCUCUUGAUACCAUAGAGUGGUCAAAUCUGUCGGGAAAACCCGGGUUCCUGACGCAGAAUUUGGAAGUGUUUAAAAUCGCGUUACCACCAAACUCUUCAUCACAAGACACUACAUCACAAAUGACGUGGUUAGAUUACACAUUAAAUGGAAAAACCAACCAUUCAUGUUUGAACGUGUUCGUCAAUCCUGGUCAAAAACAAACCAUAGAAAUCACAUUUGCACCAAUAAAUAGCACUCUCGUAUCAACAGCGAUUUUAUUCAGAAAUAAUCUCACUGGUUUAGAGGCAUUACAUGUUGAAGGUAAAGGUGUGAAAGAAGUUUUAAAACUUGGGGGGAAAAUUUCAAAUCGGAAGAAAGAUUCCUUGAGAUUUAAACUCACAGAAAGCCUUUUACGUGAUUGUAAUCCUGAAGAACGCAAAGAAAACCCAUCAUUUACCGUUCGGAAGUCAUUUACGGCUAAAAACAUGGGGUUAUUGCCUAUGCAAGUAUUGUAUAUGAUGGUGGGGAAUUAUCCAUGUGAAGGUUAUGGGUUUCGAAUCUUAGAAUGCGACCCAUUUCUCUUGGAAAGCAACGCAACAAGAGAGAUUAUCAUUGCUUUCACGCCGGACUUCACAAGUUCGCAAGUAAUGCGCACACUUCGUAUUGUGACAUCACAGAACAGCGUUCUUACCUUUAACCUCAACGUAACGUUACCCCACCACAUGCUCCCUGCCUGUCAAGCAGCGAUACCCCGACCCCCAUGGGAACGAAGUCUGUAUUAUGUCAUCACAAUAUUAAUGGUUGUUCUUUUCAUUGGAGUAUUGCUUGCCGCUUAUUUAGAGGCAAUAAAUAUACUGGAGCCGUAUGUUCGUUCAUAUCAACUCAGGGAGUCUGGAGACAGAGAUGGAACAGCCAAGUUAAAGCCGUUUAACUUACGAAACAUAGCUAAUGAGUUUAUUUCAAAUCCAACAUCUGAAAUAAGCUCAAGCAACUCAACCCUGAAGGAGAGUAAUUUCCUCACGUGGAUGAAACUUCUCUUCCAUCAAAUCCUCUCAUUUGAUCUUCUUCAGCUUUUCCGAAACUUCCGGACUUUUGCAUGGAGCAAACCAAAUGUAGAUCCCUCAUCCCGAGAGGACUUAGAAAACUCUUCCUCCAAGACAGAAGACACUGUGAGCCCGAUCACACCAAGCCCCACAACAUCCACACAAAACGGGAAAGUCCGGGGUCGAAAUUCGGGCCGAAAAACAAAAUCACAGACCGCGACAACAUUAAAAGAAUUUCGUCGCGCUAGAACGCACAGACCCGUCAUGAAACCAGUCAUCCAUGAUGACUUAACAUGGGACGCACCCCUGCCCUCCCCCACCCCCUACAAACCUGAAAAAGUUCAUAAAUCUCGGACCAACUCCAGCGGUUCAAGUAUUGAAAGCGAAAGAAGUAGAAGGGGAAGUGGUAGCAGUGGUCCAUGCGAUAGCGAUAAGAAUAAACAAAUCAGCGACCAAAUUGAUGUUUCCAAGCGAAAACGGAAGAACAAACUGAUGCGUCAGCAAUCUUUUAGUCGAGAAAAUGAUGACUCAUCUUCUACAACGACGGAAAAAUCAAGCGAAGAUUUUGAAAUUCUUGAAAAACCGGCGUAUUUUGACGACCCUCGUAACUUUGGAGUUCGCGACCAACAAUCUAAUACUUCAGCUCAUUCAAAUAAAGAAAACGAAUUUAACCAUGGUGUGGAACCUAUUUACACGACUAGUCAUGAGCAAGGUGUACGUAGAAGACAUGGGCGAGCACCAGUACCUGUAAAACACGAUGUUCCUAUUACGAUUAAACAGCGUCCUGUCAAAAACAAAUCACCAAGCAGUAGUUUGUAUGAGACCAGUAGUAACGAAGAACCAAUGUGGGAAUUCGCAAAAGUGAAGCAAGAUAAUGGUUUUGACGAAGGAAUGCGAAUUUUAUCGAAACAAACCAUGGAAAACGACAAUCGAAUUCGUGAGAAGUUACCGUACGCUACAAAGGAGUCUUUUCAAAAACUAUCAGGAGAGAGUCGUAGCUCAUCGUACAACAGUGUCAAGUCAUCAAGCUCAGUUGACAGCACAAAGAAAAUUAAACAAAAAGUCAAAUCUAACCCAACCAUCACCAUUAAACCCAAACUGUCGAAAACUCAAAGCGUUCCCAGCUCCGAUGUUCCCAAGUUUACCAGUGUUGCCGAACCCACAUACAACCGUAGACACAGCAACCGAGUAUCUUCAGAAUUCUCAAUGUUUAGCAGCCAAGGUUCUCUAGAUGCAGUCUCUCCACCACCACUAGAUGUCACUAGCAAGAUGCCGGCAUGGAACCACUUCGGCCAACACACGUUUAGCCUCACUGAAGAUUUGAUCCCACACCCCAGUCAAAGUCCCCUACCCCUAUCUAACCCACAAACCUGGGCCCCAUACGGUUCCUCCUACAACCCCCCAACUUCCUGGAACAAUAUCCCCCAUCUUAACCCCCCACCAGGUUCACCCACCACUCCCAAGUUCCAUAACAUGAACCAGUGGAAUACCCCACCUCAAACUACUCAGUCCCCCGUAACGAGCAGCACACACGCAAUCUGGUCAGUAAGCACACCUGUAACUAUGGAUGAAGACAGAGACGCUGAGAACGACAUUUUGAAGGGCUUAAAGAGCAUUUGGAACUCUGAUCUUAACCAAUCAGGACGCAGCGAUAUGUUUUAAGUUUCAAAUCAACCAAUCAAGACGUAUCUUUGUUUUAAUGAAGAACCGAUUCCGUUUUCUCUCGCAUCUCUCUUCAGUUCGGUGUGUCCGCCAUUAUUUGGUGAAGGGUGUUCACUUCAUGCACCAGUGAUCCUGGGCAGUGUUGCACAGUUUUUUAUUGUUUUAUACUUUUAAAAAACUUUUCAGUAACACUGUACUACUUCGUUAACGCUUUCAAAAUAUUAUUUCUUUCCCCACUUGAGUCGGAAUUUUAGCCGAUAUAUCUUUUAUUGCUUCUUAUGAUGCGUGGUGCGUGGGAUACAAUGAAUUCGUUCUCUAUUAAAACUGCUUUCUUGAAAACAAAGAAA